AUGGGCCGCUUCCUCGAUCUGAUCAGACGGGAAACGGAGCAGGGGAACAAUGGCAACUUUUCCUACCGCGCCCUGGCUCAUGAUGUCCGAUCCCUCGACGUCUGCGUUCAACAGCCCGAGAUCGCAAAGGUUGCCUACUGGGAGUUGGACCCGUCAAAGCCAGUCAGUCUAUGCGACAAGAUAAUUCGGCUCAUCACCGCCCUCCCUCAAGUUCGCAGUCUGAGCUUGGACUUGCGCGAAUUGGAUAAUGCUCAAGUUGGCCAUAUGGUCACGCUGCUUCACGAAUCCACCAACAUCCUUCCCCGUGUUCGACAAGUCAAAUUCAUCUCGGCUGAGGACGCGUAUGGAGUGAGCGACAGCGCGUUGAACCCGAGCCUUUGUGGGCACCUCACGUCCGCUUUCUGCACCGCGAUGGGUACCAAAGCCGACGAGCUUACCUUCAUUCGAGGCUCCGAUGCUGCCAACAAUCAAGCCUUGCCCGACACGAUGACAGCCUUUGCCGACAUCCAACCAGGCGGCAGUCCCCGCCGCCAGCUGAGACGCCUAUUGAUUGCCCGCUUGGGGUCCGCAAGCGGUCUCAAUAUCCUCCCAGCUCGUGAGAUUCCGGAGACGGUGGUCGCGCCACACAGCGAGACUAUUGAGGCCAUCUUUAUCGCUGAUGACGUGGACUUUGCACCUCCCGGUGGCCAUCAGGACUUCAAUACGAAACAGAAGGCAAUUGACCACUUGGUCAACGCCCUGGCUGGGAUGCCUGCCCUUCGCCGAGUCGCGUUCCCAGUGGUGGGAUUUCGUGUUGAGGGUGUUGAGCGCCAGGACGACAAGAAUCUCGAGAAGCUGGCUCUGGGUGCGACCAUGAGGGCGAUUGCGGGUGGUGUGUGAUGGAGCAGCUUCCUCAUUUGGAGCACGCGGCCUUCUGGUCUUUGUGGCAGAAUUGCGGUGUCCAUUCGAGACGUAUCGAUGGGGACAUUCAUAUCAGAUGCUACGGUGUCCCUUACGACUGGGUGAAGCCUCUGCAUGGACGGAGGGAGAAGUGGCCCAUGGGGCUGUGGGGGUAUCGGUGGUAGAUCCGGGUGUUGCAUUGGGUCCAGGUAUCACAGGGCUGAGAGAGGAGAUGUCUGUGCCAUGGGCUGGAGGAAGCACCGAUGGCAUCGUGAGUCUCGGAGCCUUAGAGCCUGGAAAUACGAAGAAAGUGCUUUCCACUGAGUGGGAGAUGCACGUGGGCCAGUACUCCCAGCUGAAAGGGGACGUCUACAUGAUGGCUUGGGGGCAUAUGAUUCUGAUUCAUGAGGUUGGGCAUACCAAAAAAAGCUUUGAUUCAGCGGAUAGUAUGCAAGCGUAAAGAUAAAAAAAAAUAAAAAUAAAAAAAGUAAAAUAAAAAACAAAGCAAAAUAUAAAAUAAAAGAAUAUAAAGUAAAAUAAAAUAAAGGCUAUUUGCACAGAU